CACCAGUUUCACUUUCGUGUACGGUUUCGGCGGCGUUACGGAAGGGUUUGGCACUUGGUUCUCACGUCUCGCAAGUGAUUCACUGAUAGUAGGGAUUCCGCAAAGGCAUCAUCCUAAAAUGACGGCCACGGCAGCGUCAGCAGUUUGGGAAUCAAAGUUAAAAGAGAUUCGUAACAAAUACGAGCGUGCUCGGAAACUAAUUGAUAUCGAAAGUAUGCCAGCCUGGUCGACCCCCCGGACGGCGGCGUACCAGCUGUACCGAUCCACUCAAGCUUUGAAAAUACUCAAAGAGCUGCUCGAGGUUAUCGGUCAGAUCGAAACGGACAGCCCCAGCAAGGAGCACGUGCGAGCGCUGAUCAAGCACGACAUCGGGUUCGUCGCCACGGAGACAUCGGAAGCAUCACUGGGACUCGAGUGCUGCGAAGAGUGCCUCAGGAUCAUCGGCGAAGAUAGGUACGAAGAUCCGUCCUUCUGCUCGCUCGCGAUCAGCGCUCUCAAUCGACUCGGGUUUAUAGCCUUGGGGCAGUCGACCGACUACGACGGUCGUGGGUCCGACCCAACCCGAGCUUGCGAGCACCUCAAGCUAGCCGAGAACAUCUACGCCAAAGUGAGCGCGGGAGACCUGACGGGUGUGCGAGGCUUCAGCGACUACUUCCUGCCGGAGGGACAAGCUUGCAGCGAGACCGGCGUCAAGGAUCUCGAGCGCGCGCAUGUGUACACGCUUUACUACAUGGUCCAGGCGUACGAGUUGUUGGGAGAAAAGGAAAAGGCGGCCAUGUACUCUUACAGAACGCUGAAGAAGCAGCUGGCAACGGGCGACGUGGACAGCGUUGACUGGGCCGACGCCGUGGCCAGAUUGUCACAGUUCUUUAUCAUCGGAGGUAACUUUGGAGCGGGCAGACAUCUCUUGGUAUGUGCGAGCUACGUGCUCGGACAGUACGCGACUGAGUUGGACCGUGAUCAGUCGUCCCCCGACCACAAAGAGGUAAAAGAAGAGAUGCUCAAGUGCAUGUCCGCCAACGCGGCACUGUGCUGGGCCAAGUACAGCCUCCUGCUCUUAGUCGCCUCGAGGGAGGAAGCCACUGGCCAGAAGGACCAGGAACAGUCGCCCAGCAACCAGCCCUACCUGCUCAUCGAGUUGCCAGAGAUAACCGCCCUAGAAGCUGCGGUCACGGACAAGCUGGUGGCAAACUUCGAUGGCGCCAAGCCUGUUUUCCUGAUGGGACUGCAAUGGUUGACCGAGGCUAAGGACUACUACACUGUGAAAAGUCACACGAAGGAGUACAUCGAGAUCAUUCAGGCGAUGAGCAAGCUGUACAAGGAGCUGGCAUUUUUCGAGCCGGCAGCCGACCGGCGGUGCAAGAUGCACAAGCGACGCAUUGACAUGCUUGAAGAGGUCUUGAAAGAAGUGAACCCCAAGUUGUACCUCAAUCAAUGCCAUCUCGUCAUGUGCGAGCUCGGACAGACGUACAACGAGAUGAUGGACAUCAAGUUCUCUAGUCUUUCGGCGGCCGUCAAGCCCAACUCUCAUGCGGUCAAGAAGAUCAACUCGCUCAUCGACAAGGCCAUCCAUCACUACACUUCUUUCUUAGACACGCUGAGGGACACGAGCAAUGAGUAUCCGGACAAGUUUGCGGACGUGCUCGCGCGACCAGCAUUGCGGGCACUCUUCUGCGUGGGCACGCUGCACUCCAGGAAGGUGUUCCAGGAUCUCGGGGAACAGAUUGCCAAUCUCGAGAUGACCAAAGAUAGCUACGAGUUUGUGGUGAACUACUGCAAGAAGGCUCCUGAACAUGUGCCACUGGUGAAGGAGGAGCUGGAGGUGAUGACGAAACUCCUGCAGCUCAUUCCGGGAAUGCUGCAGAGCCUGAUGAGCUCAGCUGUGUACUGAUGUGGGACCUUGCUGCUCUGUUCACGCAUGUCACUAGCACCUCACUUGAGAUUGGUGGCAUCUGAAAAAUUGGGCGAGGUUCUGUUCCGAUGUCAUUCUGACUGGCUGACUGGCAUUUUUCAUUGUUUUUUUGUUCCCCCUCGUUUUGCAUAACAAAGUAGCGAAUGCAGCAUUGGUGUUCUGCAAUAGGCUUCUGUCUCUCAGCCACUGUUCUCAGCCAAGAAUGGCGAAGAAAUUGCAGGUGUGGCUUGGACUAGCUUAAAACUUUGUUCUGAAACCAAGCUCUGCACUGAAAAUCCCCUUGCAUAGUAUGAUACUUAAUUGGCUUUAUUUGAUUCAGCCAGUUGAGAAAGAGAUUACAACAAUAUCAAUUCUAGAUUAAAUCCACAUUUUUUCCUAGUGCCAAAUAAAUAUGCUGCAUUGCCAGAUGA